CUGCCAUACAUCCCGUUAACGUCCCAUCUCAGUCCAUUUAAGGCGCCUCGAAAAUAGAGACGCUAGUGUUUUGUUACCUCAUCGACAACACAUAGUCAGUUUUCCAUUUUGAGCGUGCAACAAUGUCCGAGGGCUCAGAAAUUUUGGACACCUAUCAAAAAGAGUAUGAUACCCUUCACGAAUCGUUGUUGAGCAAAGUCGAGACUAUCGGCGCCGCAACUGGAGAACAAAAGAAACUGCUAUAUAACCAAGCGGAGCGGGAGCUCGAAGAGGCUGAUGAAAUCAUCUCCCAAAUGGAAGUGGAGCUUGCCUCCCUCGCAGCAGCAACGCGAAUGCGUCUUGCGCCCCGUGUCCGUUCCUUCAAAGAAGACGUUAAAAAGAUUCGGAGAGAUUUGCAAAAGGCCACAGGAGGUUCUGAUCGAGACCAGCUACUGGGUCGCGGUGGACAACAUGUAGUAGACUUUGAGGUUUCAAGUAUGGACCAGCGCUCUAGACUGUUACAAGGAACGGAAAGGUUGCAGGAGGGAAGUCGGCGACUUGAGGAUGCGAGGCGAUUAGCGUUGGAGACAGAGUCCAUUGGGAUCAGCACAUUAGAAGAUCUCAACAGACAACGAGAGCAGAUUCUGAAUACACGAGAUAGGCUUUCAACUGCCGAUACAUGGAUUGCGAAGAGUCAAGGUGUCCUACGAGGAAUGCAGCGACGCUUAAUGACAAACAAGUUACUUUCGUUUGGUAUCAUCAUUAUGUUGAUAAUCGUCAUUUGCGCCAUUAUCUACCUGAAGUGGUUCUGAGUGUAAUUGCUUACAACAAAAGGUCUGGAGUGGGACAGAGAGCAACGUUUUCUGUCGGUGGUUUAUGUUCGUAUGAUAAUAGCAUUUCGUCUUGCCGUCUGAAUUAUAAGGAUAACCAAGCGUCUGUCAUGCAGACCUAGCGUCAUAAUAUCAAAAUACGGCGAUAGAGCACUAUUGAAUGGAUACGACAAACUUGAACGGUACUGUGAAUGACGUCAAAUAACUCAAACCAUAUCUGCCCGAGUCCUGGCCUCUAUAUACAUAGAUAUCCAUAUUCCAGUUGGUCCUUCUAUUAUGCUCCUUCAGAUGAAGGCAGUGACAACCCAUUGAUCCGCUUAGCCAUUGAUGUAUACAUC